AUGAGCAUCAUCGUCGCCAUCACCGCCGUGAUGGCCGCGAUUCUGAGCGGCGGCGCAACCGGCGCCGGUUGCGCCGUAGCACAAAAGGGUUCAGGCGUGCGGAUGCAGGGCGAGAUGUACUCUCGUGGUGAGGAUUCUCCCAUGGACAGUGACGAGGAUGGUGGUGGCGACGAUGAUGAUCCUGGUGGCAAGAAAUUUGGCUAG